AUGUCUAAGACUCUUUUCAACAAUGCUCCUCAACUGCCACCCGAUGCUCUUUUCAACAUUAAAUUGAGACUUUCUAAAGAUACCAGAGCAAUGAAGGUGGACUUGGGUAUCGGAGCGUACCGUGACGACACUGGCAAACCAUGGGUUCUACCAAGUGUGCGUGAAGCGGAAAAAUUGAUCCAAGAAGACCCUAAUUACAACCACGAAUAUUUGAAUAUUGCAGGGUUGACAUCGCUCACUGACGCUGCAGCAGUGGUGCUCUUGGGUGAAAACUCUCAGGCUCUCAAAGAGAAACGUACCAUAUCUGUGCAAUCGCUUUCUGGAACAGGAGCGUUGCACAUGGCCGCCAGUUUCUUUUCCAGAUUCUGUAACGACAAGUUGGUGUAUUUGUCGGACCCUACGUGGGCCAACCAUAAGACCAUUUUCGAGACCCAAGGCUUGAAAACUGCCACUUAUCCUUACUGGAACGCGGCCUCGAAGUCCUUGGACUUAGAAGGCUACUUGCAGGCCAUCAAAUCAGCACCUCAGGGCUCUAUUUUUGUGCUCCAUGCAUGUGCGCAUAAUCCUACCGGCUUGGAUCCCAACGAGGAACAAUGGGCUCAAAUCUUAAAGGCCAUUGCCGAGAACGACCAUGUGGUGCUUUUCGACUCCGCUUAUCAAGGUUUCGCCUCAGGAAACUUGAAUAAAGACGCUUUUGCGGUCCGUCUCGGAUUAGACGUUUUGGCUGAUUCAACUCCAGUCAUUAUCUGUCAAUCUUUCGCCAAAAACGUUGGCAUGUACGGUGAACGUGCCGGUUGUUUCCACCUUGUGUUGCCUCGCCAAGACGCUUCGGUCAACACUGAAGAAGUGAAAGCCGCCAUCAAAUCUCAGCUCUCUUCGAUCACUCGUAGCGAACUGUCGAACCCACCAGCCUACGGAGCCAAGAUUGUUUCUCAAGUUCUUAACAGUCCUGACUUGACCAAACAGUGGCACGACGAUAUGGUUACAAUGUCGUCCAGAAUCAUCAAAAUGAGACAUCGGUUGAGAGACGGCUUGAUCAGCCUAAAGACCCCUGGAAGCUGGGACCACAUUGUUGAGCAGACUGGUAUGUUCUCUUACACUGGAUUAACCUUUGAAAUGGUACAAAGAUUGGAAAAGGAACAUGCCGUUUAUAUGGCCAGUUCAGGUAGAGCCUCUAUUGCUGGCUUGAACAGUGGGAACGUCGAAUAUGUGGCGAAGGCUAUCAACGAGGUUGUCAACUACUUUGGAAGCUCGAAAUUGUAG